AUGAAUCAAUUAUCCAUAAGAGAACCAAAAAAGUGUGAUGCUUGGGAUGGAAUUCUUACCGAUUUUGGUCAGAUGUUUGAGGGAGGGAAAGACAAAUUUGUUGAUGUCAUGUUGAAGUAUCAAGUGGAGAGUGGGUACAAAGUCAAGCUUGAGAAGACUGAUCGUAAGCGUUAUACAGUUCAUUGCCUUUUCAAAGAAGAAAAAGGAUGUAAGUGGAGGUUCUACUCAUCUUUGGAAGUCAAAAACGUCCACGCUUUUAAGUGCAAGACUUUUAUAUCGGAGAAUUCUUGUGGUUUAGCUUGCUUUGAUCCUUCGAAACUUAGAAUGACGAAGACUUUUAUCAAGAACGUUAUAAAAGAUGAUAUUAGAGUUUCAAGUAAGCAGAAAACAUCCGCGGACAUUCAAGAUUUGUUUUUAAGGGAGUAUCAAGUUGACCUCACCUACCAUCAAGCAUAUCAUGGACUGAAAUUUUGUAAAGAAUGUAUUUGGGGAGAAGAUAUUAAGUCGUAUUCUAAUUUCUUGUGGUAUGAAGAAGCCGGCAAGCGUCAUAAUCCAGCAAGUGUCAUUAAAUUUGAGUUUAAUGCUGAAAACCGGCAGUUUGAGAGGUUUUUCAUUUCUUUCGAAGCUUGCAUCACAGGGUUCAACAAGUAUUGUCGUCCUAUGCUGAUAAUUGAUGAUACGUUUCUUACUGGAAAGUUUAGGGGGUGGUCUUAUGAGAUAUUUCCACUUGUAUUUGGGCUUGUAUCUGGUGAGAAUGGUGAUAAUUGGCACUGGUUUCCGGAUAAUUUGAAGGGAAUUGUUGAUGUUGAUCGUUUAUUGACCAUCAUAUGUGAUCGUGGAACUGGACUUUUGAACAAUGUACCUCUUGUCUUCCCGAAUGCUUUUCAAUCAUAUUGCUCGUACCAUAUGAAAGAUAAUAUUCCAGUUAGCAAGGGCAAGAGUAGACAAACUGCUAUUAAGUUGUUUGAGCAAUGCUAUAAUGUUGUCACGAAGGAGCAAUUUUUGAAGGCACUGUCAAGCAUGCACAACUUGAAGUUUUUUUCCAUUAUUGAGUGGAUGAAGAAGACCCCGCUGAAGAAUUGGGCUACUCAUGAGUUUGAAGUGGAAAGGUUUGGAGAGCUUACAUCCAAAAUAGCUGAAAGCUUCAACAUCUUGAUUAAGAAUGAAAAGUGUCUUCAAGCUAUUGAGUUAAAUGAGUGUAUUCGUUCUAGGACAAUGGAGACAAUGUGGAAUAGGAAGGUUGCAGCUAGAAAGUGGAAUACAAGACUUACCCCCAAGAUGCAAGCAAGGUUGGACAAGAGGAUUACCGAUUGUCGUAAAUACAAGGUCCGUAGAGCUAGUGAAAAUGUAUUUGAGAUCAUAACUAAUACUGGGAAGAAUACUGUUGACUUGGACUCCCAGACUUGCACUUGUCACUGGUGGAAAAAACACAGCUUCCCCUGCAGUCAUUCUGUGAAAGUUAUGGUGCAGAUUGGUGAGGAGGAGGUAUACAAGCACAUAUCACCUUAUUACACAGUCGAAUACUACAGAGGUAUGUACUCAAAACCUAUCUAUCCCGUUCCUGAUGGUGACAAGCUGGAUGAGAUUUCUCGUACCAAAUACGUCAUGCCUCCCCCUGUUGGACCACAAGUUGGAAGACCAAACUCCGUUCAUAAACGCAGUUACCGUGAGAAAUUUAGCAAGAAGAGAAAGUGUGGCCGUUGUGGAAUGCUUAUUCUGCAAGUUGCUUCCAUUUUAUGGAGACAACUUGUUCUAGUUGCUUCCAUUCACAACUUCUGCAAGUUGCUUCCAUAUUAUGGAGACAACUUGUUCUAG